AAGAAGAAGUGCAUAUUUUUUACAAUUUUUCAUCUUCAUAUCUCGAUAUCUCAGGUAUAGUACCUGCUACAGCCUUAAAAUUUGGAACCUUGCUUAGUUCGAGUGUCUGCUUUCUAUAAAAAAAAUAUAGAGAAAGGAUAGAAAGGAUCGGCGACAGUUACUUUUCCGAUUUUUAUCCGCCACUGGCUCAAUUCACGCUCAACAAAACCUUUCUGACGAUGCCAUAUUUCUAAAUUAAAUCAUCUUAGUGUCGCUAACGGGCUUAUGAAAUCAAUUUUAUCAUGCCUCAGUUUUCAGAAACACCAACCCACAUUUCUGUUCAGUAAGCCAAUCGCUACGAACAAUUUACAAACUGGUAGCAUUCGAUAUCUUUUGUGUCGAUAAAAAUAGCUUCUUAGCUCGAGCAUGGAAGCCUACAGUCGGUAACGCCUGCGAGUGUGUAUUUUCCACAUGCCAUUGUCGUCGUUACUGUCGUAGCUUUGCUCUGCUGCAUUGAUAAGAUAAAACACUCGGCAGAAAGUGUAGCAGAUAACGAACGCCAGGUUACAUCCAUAAUACACACCUUUAUUCCGCGUUUUCUGUACGACUCGAAGACACACGAUCGCGUGAUAGCAAAAUUUCCUGAACACCAAAUUAACAACCAAGGUUUAUAUUUCCUCAUUUUGACUUGUUGUGUCUUUUCUCGGUAGCAGCGCGUUUAGAACGCGUCCACGUAGCUGUGCAGAACUACCGUGAAUUUUGUCGAAUUAUCAUUCAAGUGCAAAACGCUGCGGGUUAGACGGCCAGUGAAGGUGACACACGAGUGCAAUUCAAACAUCUUAUCGUCGACAUCAUCAUCAUCGUCCUCGAGUCUGUUCGUGAAGCAAGAAAAAAAAAACAACACUGGCAUGAUAGCACUGCAAUCGACUUAAGAAAUGAGUGAUGGCCUAAAACAGUGAGGCACAGUUUCGUAGUUUUAUGACGAAGAGUGUUGCAAAAGUGCAAAUUGAUUUGAAAAUUAGCACCGCGCAGUGAGUGUUGACCAAGCUUUAGACGCGUUGGCCGUAACAGAAGAAAACGAAUAUGUCCUACUCGUAUAACACGACCGGUCGAUCUAGCAGCCAGACGUCGAUCUACGACUACCCGGAGCACUUGAAUCCGUUCUACGAAGAUGAGAACCACAAGCGGUUGCGCUUCUGGAAUUUCAGUAGUCAGCGAUCGGACAAGCCUCGGUCGGAGCGCCGUGGCAGUCUGGUCAGCAUCAGAGAUGGACUGCGUGAUAUGUGGGAAUUCAAAACAUUUCGUAUAAAAAAGAAGCGCUCGUCAUCCUUGGGGGUCAGCAAAACUUCAGAAAGCCCUCCGCCGCUUCGCCGAGAUGAUCAUGAUUCACAUUACCAUACCAUCGGUAAUGCAUCCGCGUAUAGAAGUACCAUCAAUACUGUAGGAUACCGACCAGGGUAUUCGCAAUCUAGUUCCAACACACCAUUGUUCGAAAGAAAUACACGCUACCGUGGUUCACUCCAGAAUAAUUCGAAUGAUAUCGGGAUUGGUCUUUCUAGAAAUGAUCGCUACCGUAGCACAAUUCAAAACGGUUUUGCGACUUACAGUGGGGGAUCCAUGGUGACGUCCACACCGCGCUCCCGAUAUGCUGCUCAAGGGACCACCCGAUAUGGAAUGAAUGCUGGAGUACCCCAAUCUAGUCUCAAAUCUACAAACCCUUUCGAAGAGGAUGAAGAUGGCAAUGUUAUUACCGAAGCCUAUGUCAGCAGCAAUGGUGUAGUUCGCAUGCGCCCGCGUAAGAAGCGACGUGCGCCACCUCCUCCUGUACAUAAGUUGUUGAGUUCCUCAAACGAAUCAACCGGUGACGCGGCCUUCAGCACACGAUUGAAGAUCAAAGAAUCAACCCCUCUGGAAAGCUCUGAGGAUAUCGACAAACUUACCAACCUUACAGCUGAAAUCGAAUCGUUUGUUCAAACAACCUCGAAUGAUGAUGUUACCUCUAGUUCAAUUGAACAAACUCAAUCCCAAGUUAGACCCUCACCAAGUGCUACCAGCAACACGGAACCUAAACUCAAAAUAGUUGAAGAAUCCGAACAGCUAUCCGUUGAUAAAACCACAGAAAUAUCAACGUUACCUGAUAAGAUCCAGGAAAAACCAGUAGAUCAACCGAGUGAAUCGUCACAGACUGAGGAAUCAACCGCUAAAACAAAUUCUCCAAUACCCGAACCAGUUGAACAGAUAUCCCAACUCGAGGAACUAAAAAUAAUCGAAGAAUCGAAAUGCGUAACUGCUCCACAGCCAUCACCCCGCGCUAAACCAUCACCUCCACCGGUGCCGAGGGCCACUCCAGUCACAGAAGAGGUUGACCUCGAAAAUGUCUCACUCCCGGAGACUCCAGUGCCAGCACGUCGCUUCAACAAGAAUCGCACCCAAGCGCAGACCAACGGUAAUGUUUUGCAAAUCAUUGAAACUUCCAGCUCGAAUACAGCACCCGCUGUUGACGAGGAAGAGAACAUGCAAUCUAAGGCAGUUAAAAACGUUAACUACGAGUUCGAGUAUAAGGUGCAACCAAUAGUUACCGAAAUUGACGAGAAGAUCGGCACGGCUCGUAUGAAAAUCAGUGAGUCAACAGGAGAUAUAAAUUCAGUGCCGACUACCGGAGGCGAGCGACGUCGUUCCGUUCGAGACAUAAUCGAAUCCAUCAAUAAAAGUCAAAGUUUACUGAAGGUGAACCAAGAUGCCACGGGCACUUUGCACGCGGCCCAGUCUACCGAUAGUAUCAACAGAAACAUGAGAGAGUUGAGCGAACGGGAACGUGAGUUGCAAGUUCUCAUUAACGAAAUGGACUCUCACUUUAGCAAACAAAAGCCCGCGGCGCCAGCCAGAGACCGUGGCUCUUAUUACGAUAACGUUCCGGAUGACGCAGAUGAUGGAAACACAGAUAAUCUGCUGAGUAAUUCGGACUUACGUUCGAAGAAAAGUCCGACAAAGUCACUUGGUAUCGAAACGAACGAUGAGGGACAGUUCAAGGACUGCAUUGAUUGGAACCCGUUACCGAAACCGCGAAGAAGUCGACAUUUUCCGGAGCCUGCGCAGCAAAUACCAGUAGGAGGAAGCAUUCUAGCGAAUAUUGAUCACAAUAAUAACGGAACUAGCAAAAGUUAGCUCAUGAGAAAUAAAGUUCGCUGCUUUCGGAAGAAUAUUACGUAAAAUAUUUAUUUAAAACAAUGGGCUGUCAGUUUCUUUUGGUGUGUCAGCGAAUCAACUGAAGCUAUUUUUGUCUGUUAGGGAUUGAAGUUAUUGUUAAUUGUUACCAUCUGCAAUAAAAUAUUUAGCUAAUACUUUUGAAA